AUGCACGAUAUGGAAGACGAUAUGGAAGACACCAAUCCGGUAGACAGGAAGGCUAUGCCGGACCUUGAGGCGGUCGUUACCACCUCGUUGGGAGAGGUUGUGGGUUCACCGCCGAGGUUGUAUAAGCGUCGCUUCUAUGGGCUGGCGUCUAUAUUUCUCAGCAACGCGGUGCUGGCAUGGGCCUGGCUGUCCUUUGCUAUGGUCAACGAUCUGGCCCAGGAACGCUUCGGUGUCGACGCCACGGCCAUAAAUUGGUUCUCCAAUAUCUAUUCAUUGGCCUUUGCACCGUUUUUCUUUUCCGGCUGGUUUAUCAAUCGAUACGGGAUCAAGAAAAGUCUGCUCGUGGCUAUCAGCGGUACCGUGGCUGGAAACUGGCUGCGCUACGGAGGAGUAGUUAUCUCGUCAUAUCCUCUUGCCAUGGCCGGACAGGCGUUGCUUGGAGUAUCUCAACUCUUCAUUGUCCCUCUGCCCAUGUCCUAUUCGAACAUGUGGUUCGGUCCUGAUCAGAGGGUUCUGCCUACGACUAUUGGUUCCCUCGCAACUACAGUUGGAUCUAUGCUAGGAUCAAUCGCAACACCCUACAUGACGCCAACGGUGGAUUCUCUUCCUCGGGCUGUCCUCAUCGUUAGCAUAAUCAGCACAGUGACUUCUGCUCUAGCCAUCUUUGUGCCAGCGGAGCCGCCCACGCCUGCGUUAUAUAACGUUCAAGAACCCUCGAAUGCUCAAAGGCUUUCUCGCAGAGAAUCUAUCAAACUUUUGUCGAAAUCACUCGAAUUCUGGCUCUUGGCGAUAACUUUCAUCAUUUCCCUGGGCAUCUUCAACACAUGGUCAACUUUGCUCUUUCUUUAUCUGACACCCUAUGGUUUUCCGGCCACCGAUGUUGGACUUACCGCUGGGCUGUUCACAGGUGUUGGCGUUAGUAUCGCUCUCUUCCUGGCACCAUUAAUCGACAAGUGGAAACUACACGUCCCCGUUGCAAAGGUUACCGCGUCCGGGGUGACAGUUGGCUACGUUGUCUUCAUAUGGAUCCCUCAAGUGCAGAGUCGGGCAUUCGCAUUCACCGUAGGCACGCUGAUGGGUGUCUUCUCAUCGAUUUUUGUUUCAGUCGCCCUGGAACUCCUGGCCGAGCUCCUUUAUCCUGUCCCUGAAGAGUUCUGCGCAACAUUUGUCUGGUGCGUGGGCAAUCUCAUUUCGGUUCCGAUAACUUACGGUCUUAACGCUGGUGCCAAUCCCAAUGGCAACCCUCCUGGGGAGAUGAAAGCAUCGCUUAUUGCCCAAGCAGUGUUGGCUAUUGCUCUAGUAGCCCUUCCCAUCAAUCUCUUGGGUCUAUUCGGCAGGAAAGAAAAAACUCGUUUCUUCCGUCGUGAACAUCAGAUACCAAAUAGCCUUGCAGUUGCUCGUGGUAUUACGUCCUUGUAUCUGCUAGACCUCGCGGCGACCCUCACUUAA